UUCAAUAUUAGCUCCCUUGUUAUGCAAGAGACUUUGUCGAGUACCAUCAGCACAGUGUCUAUGAACAAAACCGUAUCCAAUGCCUACGAAUGGCGUUUUGUGUUGCCACCCUAUUUCCUUAUUUUCCUCUUGUCGAUAUCCGGCAACUGUCUCGUGAUAGCAACACUGGCUAGUAAUAGGAGAAUGAGGACUGUCACUAAUGUAUACCUAUUAAACCUGGCCAUAUCAGAUUUCUUACUGGGAGUAUUCUGCCUACCUUUUACUCUGGUUGGACAGAUUUACAGAAGAUUUUUAUUUGGAGCUACACUAUGCAAAUUAAUACCAUUUUUGCAAGCUGUCUCAGUAUCAGUUGACGUGUGGACUCUUGUAGCCAUAUCCCUUGAGAGAUAUUUUGCCAUCUGCAGACCGCUGAAAUCCCGGAAGUGGCAGACACAGUGCCACGCGUACAAAAUGAUCGCAACUGUGUGGAUAUUGUCACUUGGAUUAAAUUCACCGAUACUGAUAGUAUCCACGCUGCAACCAAUGAAAGGAAAUGCUUACAAAUGUCGUGAAGUUUGGGCAAGUUUGGAAUUGGAGAGAGCAUUCAACCUGGGAUUAGAUGCAGCACUGCUUCUCAUCCCAUUCUUCGUAAUGUCAGUUGCCUACUCCCUCAUCGUAACCAAGUUAUGGCGAGGACUGCAACACGAGAUACAGCAUAACUACAAUUGGCAAAAAUAUUUACAUAGAGACGAUCACCUACCAUCAUCUACGCCAAUUUUGAACGGCAAUUCCACAACACUGUGUUGCAAAAACGGCUGCAACGUCAAAAAAAUUAAGGAGAAUGAAGAACGUCUUGAUGCUGAGAAAAAAGCAGUGUGUUGUCUGCAAACUGACUUUGAGUUUAGACACGUUGUGCGAUCAACACACAUAGACAAGAGUAUAGAGGCAAAACGUAAGGUUAUACGAAUGCUGUUUGUAAUAAUCCUUGAGUUUUUUGUCUGUUGGACGCCACUCCACGUCAUAAAUACCAUUUACCUUUUCUAUCCUGAAGAAUUAUAUCAAUAUAUUGGGUCGAAAGGCAUCGUUCUUCUGCAACUGCUGGCCUACUGCUCAUCUUUCUGCAAUCCCAUUACUUACUGCUUUAUGAAUCGAAAGUUCAGGCAGGCUUUCAUCAGUCUUUUUAAGACUUGUAAGAUAUUCAGGUGGUGCUUUCCUGACAAAACGACGGAGAAACAAGCUACUCCUCCACCUUCAAGCCAAGACGUUACUGCUUGUGUUAUAAGAGGCAGUCACACGGGUCGCACAGACCUGGAUGGACAAGAAGGUGAGGAUUGUGUUUAGCAGCGGCUCACAAGGGACCACAGUAGGAAACGCACACCCCGCAUUGCCGGCGGUUUCCGUCACGCGGCCCGUUACUCAGGUUAUAGAAACCGGAACAGAGGAGAGUCAAUUCCUUUAUCGGAUAACCUGGCCAAGAACAGGUCAGUCAAAGGCGACGGCGUCCACUCAACCGGUUUAUGAAUAAAUGGCUUGACUGUGGUGUUGUAAAG